AUGUCUGAGUAUACCCCGGAGGAAAAGCAAGCAUUGCUGACCAAGUUUUAUUAUAUGGACAUCAACGGUGACGGGGUGCUGUCUAGGGAAGAAAUUGAACAGUGCAUCAAAUACUCAAAACUUCCCAAGGAAAAAGCAGCGGUGAGUAGAUUCAUGGCUAGUCGCAAUGAAACUUUCCUGUCCCAAAUUACGGUCAAACGUGGGGCUUGUAAACCAGCUAAAAUAUUAUAGUUUUCCCUAGUGAUUUGAAAGCUUUAAAGGUUAUCCUGUAAACCGGCUCAUAUAAGUUUGUAAUAUUCAGUGAGAUAGGUCACUGGGAUGGCUCUCAAGGUAGCCGCAAUCUCGACUAUCUUACCACAUGAAAAAGAAAAACACUUUUUAAAACUCCGCUUAACAACUCGUUAGGCCGUAACCGAGCCCAAGUGCAGAAAUUCUGUGCUUUGUUGGCGGCCUGGACAGGCUGCUCAUGUUUUUUCACAUAGAGUAAAACAGUAUUCAAGGACAUGCCUCUUACAAAGUUUAUAAUGUUUUGGGAGUAUUUAGUAAACUUUUUGAAGAAAGCUAUAUAGGGUCUGGUUUCCUAGCAUUUAGUAUACUUCUCAGGUGCCUUAAUUCUCGUCGUUUCUGGUUGCUGUUGGGAGGUCAGACUUCAACCCAAAUUGGCCAUAAAUAUCCAAUGGAAAGCAUCAGCUUAGGCAGUCAGCUUGCUGUUUUAGAGUCUGUAGAUUCCAAACGUUGCAGUUAGCUAGGUGGGUGAUUUUGUCAGAAUGUGAUUAAAAUACCGGCUCCCGGUGGGACCCCGUAACUCAGGUAGUUAGAGCACUGGUUACACUCAAGCUUUGUCGUCACGGUUGUGGGUUCGAAUUACACUAUGGCUGCCGAGUUUUUCAUAAAUGGUCAAAAGGAAUUAUCGGGUUGCCGUUACGUCCCUAUCAUCAGAUGAUUCAAAAAUGUCCCAUUUGUCCUAAUCAACCAAGUGUUCUUAGUGACUAGGAUAAUCCUAUUCGCGAUGUCUUUUAUGGGACGUUUAGAAAGGAAGAAACACGCAAUUAUUCCGACCUGGCUUGCAGUCAAGACUUAAUGCAAACCAUAGGCUUUAGAAUAUUUUUUGUCGCCCCGCACUGGAUAUCACAAGACUGUAAUUUUGUUAAAAAGAUCACAAAUCGUGCUAUAAAAGUAAGGAGAGAGGCAAGCUUAAAAUACUCAUCUUUUGUUUGUCGACCGCUUUCACUCAGCUGUAAUAAAGAGGGGGACAUGGAAUAUGCGCCUAUUUGGAGGGUUACCAUUAACGGAAAAUGUGAAUUUCAGGGUUGCUGUACACAGAAACUAACAUGAAAGCUUCAAGACCAACACAUUAGAAGACGUGACUCGUGUCAGUAGACGGUGUCAAAAGGCGGGGUAUAUAAAGGGCAAUAGAUACUGCUUUAACUAAGACUCGAUUCCUUGCGUCAAAGAGGGAAACAGUUAGAUGUCGAGAAGAAAUAUUGUAAACUUCAAACUCUCGACAGAAAUACCCGAGUUUUAGGUGGAAACCGGUUGCCUCGAGCCGCGUGUAGAUUAUCGUCAUAUUGACCCAACUUAUGAUGUGCAGGGUCAGCAGAUUUCAUUUGCGUAUGGCUGUUGAAGUCAGACACAUCUCGCAACAAGAAUCUUUUAAUAGUUCCCUACCGAUAAUUCCUGUUUACUAUUCUCGAAUGGAAAUCUGCAAGAAUUUUGGCACAUGACAUCAUUUUUCAGAACAUUACACAAAAAAUGAGUCGAUUAAACUGGCAGAUGGGGAUAGACGCGCAACAUUUUAGCCGGGACUGCAAAUUCUUUUGAAUUUCGGUGAGAAAUUGGAAGAUGUUUCCCUUUUAAUGAGUAUAUCAUUUCAAUCGGGGUUUUUCUGGAUGACUUAGUGGUUGAUCGGUGAGUUGUUUCAUAUAGUGAAGCCGUCGAAUCCAUAAUAGUAUUAUCUAUUGCAGAUAGCUGAUAAUUAGAAAACGUUCCAGCCUGUUUUAGUAACCUGCUCGAUGAAAAUUGCUUCUCCUCCUGUUUACGCCACACUCAUGUAGUUUGACCAAGGUUGCCAGAUGCUCUCAGGUCAAACACCUCAGUUCCAUUGAGGCUCGAUUACGUCGUAUCGAUUCUAGAGUGACGGAACCCUUUUAAAUUGUUUACAUUGAGCAAAAUCAUCUAUCCUUUGGAUCUUGGUGAGUCUGGAGGAAUAGAGGAUUUGUUUUCAUAUAACAUUAAUAAAUCUGAUCUGAUCUGAUAUUGCUGCACAUAUUCGUAAAUCAUUUAAGGUUGCCCGAGCAGGUGCACGAUUACCAAUUCGCCACUGCGGAUCAAAAAGAACUUUUUGCCUAACUGAAACCAUUAUCUGCCUAAAUUCAAUGUUUGUAUUGUGCAACAAAAUUAAGCGCAUGCCUUCGCGUUCCUGCUCUCUCUUUACGAUGAAUUAACUUUCGAGUUGGAGCAAACCCACGUAUUACUUGGCGCAAGAGGCAUCGUCCACUUUUCAUCAAAAAUUAAGGCGUUUUCAAUGUAUGUCUGAACGCUACAGCUUUUUUGCUUUUGAGACAGAUCACUAAUUUCACGAUAAGAUUUCACUACUGGCAAUUACUUGACAUGCGAGAAAAGCAGGCUUUCUCAGGCCUCAAUCGGAAACCGAGUCAAAACUUAUGUAGACACGUGUGCAGUUACAUCGUAGGACCUCGGAGACGCGGUCUAUGGGAAGUCUCAUUCGCACAAAUUAUACGGAUUGCACGCAGCAAUGUUCCGUGAAAUUGAUCGUCUUAGGUAUGAAAGUUCCCCCAAAUUGAUAUUCCACUGCGAUAAACCGAAGCAGAAGUCGGACGAACAAGCGGUUUCCAGACACAAUGCUCCCGAAGAACACAUCAGUACCCGCCAUAAAAGCAUGAUGAAAACUCAACAAUCGUGCCCCAGAUUUCACUGAAAUGCGCUCACAUAGCUGCAUAAAUUUACGCAAGACCGGAGAAUGUGAGCUGCACUUCGAAAGCUCUCAGUUAAUAACUGGGUGGAUUGUCUGAAAUGAAUGUUGCACCCAUCAGACGGCAGUCAGACAACUCCAGGCCUCGAUUUCGAGAAUCAAAACAAGAAAGAUGGCUUCAGACUCCCUAAAAUCCGACGCCUGUACUAAACCCAGGAUCCGUCUGACACAAAUCGUUAGUAGAGAAAACAAACUAGUAGAGCAAGAAAAAGUCACUCGAAAACGAUUAGCGAAUAGAUUACCCAGAAAAACUUGAAUGCGAAUUUUAGAUGUCUUGUAAUAUCUAAUUGUCGAAUAACUGACUUCUUCUCUCUGUGAUAAAAAUAUAACCUAAGUCUAAUUCCAGUAUGUUAGCUUGAUGGAAAGCCCUCUGUAUUAAGCAAAGUAAACAAACAAAUACAGUUUUUGCAAACUGUGUGUUCAAAUCUGUAGCGUCGUUGACAAACAGAGAGCUACCAAACUAACUCACGUUAUGGACAAAGUUCAAAAUAGUGUAACUCGGAAGCCCAUGAAUUGAUUGACUCGAUGCAAAGUCCACGUUUGGGCAGUUAGGAGAGACAUUCCAAUGCUGGUUACUACGGCUUUUAGAAUCCGUCCAGCAUCUGUUUUUAACCGGAACUGUUUUCAAUGGUUCACGCACUCUUCGGCGUAGCAACGUUCCCUUCUCCUUCCUCUACAGUGCCUCUUAACUUCUGUUUUACCGAUUAGACUGUGCGUACUGAACAACUGACCGACUAUUAUGACAUUGAUGCUUCUGUGCAAUUUGUCGCACAUUCCUUACCCUUUAUCAGUGCUAUUCAACGGUAAGCGCCAGCUGAUAAGUUGUCGCGAAAUUCAUUGGUAACAGCAAAUUCUGCCUUCUGCGCCUGUGUAGAAUCAAAAACAGAGUGGUAUAUAACAACUGACAUACAAAUAACUAACACUAGUAUAAAAAGACCAUGGUUCGAAGGCUCUUACUAUUUUCCAGAUCAAAAUUCAGUAUUGUAAAAAUGCCUUCUGUGCGCAACUCAGUCAAUAAACACAUGGACUACAUCCAUAUUCCGCAUCAGCUUAGGGCCUUUCAUUAUUAUAGAUACAGCCGUUUUUUCAAUCCGAUCAUUAAUAGGUGUUGUGGCAGUUUUCACAUAAUUCAACCUGAACGAACUGUGAAAAACUCGGUGCCUCGGUGGGAUUCGAACCCACGACAGCAAGGGGAGGUUUAGUACAGCAAACGCUCUAGCCACCUGAGCUAUGAGGUCCCACCGGACGACGCGAGUCUAAUCACAUUUGAGUCAGAGUGAAUUAAGUAAAAUCUAUCACAACACCUAUUGAUUACGUGAGCCUGGUAUUCAUACGGUGGAUUCUAAAUGUAUUACUUAGGAAAUUCUGCUUGGGCAGUCAGUUUACUGUAUCAGAAUCGGUGGAUUCCAGACGUUGUAGAAGGUUGGGCGGAUAGACCCGACCCAAAUAAGAUUAAACUCGCGUCAUCCGAUGGGCCUCGUAGCACAGAUAGCGAGGGCGUUUUCUGUACUAAACCUCCACUUGCUGUCGUGGGUCCGAAUCCCACCGAGGCGCCGAGUUUUUCACAAUUCUGUCAAAGGGAAUCGCAUCAUUAAUCAAGCGAUACUUAGAACCAAUGCCCUGCGAUCAAGGGUUUGUUAUACAGGAUUUCAAGUUUGGGUAGGAUGUCAGAAAAAGGCAUAAGUAGCACAGGUUGUUUUAAAAUGCGAAAAAUAGCACAUGGUACUUAUGCACGCGACCUUGAUACCAGGCAAUGCCGGUGCAACAAGCGCACGCCAUGCGGUAUCUAUUGGUGCGCAGCUGCGUAGGCAGUUGGAAGCCCAUUGGUAGAUUGAUUCACCUGAUAAUAGCAGAGCACGGAUCUGAUCUGUUCUUCUUUGCUGAACAGCCGUUGCACCAGCAUUAUCAGCAAAAUGUCGGACUACACUGACCAGGAGAAAUUCCAACUUCUAAAAAAGUUCCACGAAAUGGACGUAAAUGGAGAUGGUGUGCUUUCCAUCGAUGAAAUAAAUUACUGCCUCAAGAACUCUAAUCUUCCGCCUAAGAAGGCAAAGGUGAAUCAUUUAUAGACUGAAGAGUCUGAAAUUCCUGAUAGUAUGCUUUUAUUAGUCUACCGUUUUAUAUGAAUUCACCCUAGACUUAACCUUUUAUGUUGACCGAAUUAAAUCGGCGAUUGUUAAUUUGGUUUCGCGUCUUUUACAUUUAUAUUUAUAGUCUCCUGACACACCAGCUUUUUCUUAUCUAUAACUCUAGGGAGAAAUAGGCAACUAUACUUAGGAACACUUUAAACUUGAGAAGAUAUGCAGUGAUUUGCAUUGUGACGUAUUUAUAUAGCUCAUAGACUAGAUAUACUUUGAGAUUUUUUUUCUUCAUUUGCCUCUCAUUCAGAAAAUAUAAGAUUCAAAAUGCAACGCGAUAUGAAAUUUUGCAGAAAAUAUGCUUGGUAUUUCACGCAGAAAGCGCAAAUUUCGUUGGAGAUGAAAGCGCUGGCGGAAGUUAUUAUCCUGAUUUUACUUAGCUCAGAGAAUCAAAGAAGUGAAGUCUUUAAACCAAAAUUUGCAUUAUUCAGAAAUAAGGAAUCUAAUUUUGUUCUUCAUAUUCACGUGUUGAUAAGCACAUUGUUAGAUUACGUUUUUCAAUAGCUACGGAGUUUUAGAAACUCCUAAUAUUAUUUUAGCACAAAUGGCUAUAUAGAAACUCAGAAGAUCGGGGGUUUCAAUAAAAGUUAUUGUUGUUUAUCAAGAAAAACCACCGAAGCGCACACACAAAUCACAAAAUAUUAAGGAGACAGGAAGUCUGAGUAAAAUAGAUAUGGUUAGGUCAGUAAGUGUGCGGAAGACGGUUAACAAUUUAGGUCGCUCCACUGGCCGGGUAAAUUUUCUAAUGCCCCGCCCAAUCAGGGGUUCGCUCAGGUGGGUAGUUCGAAUGAGACAUACUCCAGCCGAACGUUAAGUUUUACUUGUAUUUAGUCAUUCUUAGUUUAGAGCAUUCACAUAAGGACCUAGCAAGAAAAUAACAUGGGACACAAGGUUGACGUGUUUGGAGGAGGAUUUAAUUCGUUGAGUUGCUUUUGCUUCGAUUCUUGAUAAGUGUAAGAGUAUGAAAACAAUUAGGGCCGGACAGUGGUCAAUAACUAUUUGAAAGAGGCUAAUGAGAUUCCUAACCGAGAACUUUUAGAUGAAGCUUCCUAGCAGAUUAUAAAUUCAUAUUCCGAUCUGGAUAUGUCAUUGUGCGAAUUAAUGGUUAAAUUUCACCUGAUUACAUCUAUAAUAGACACCUUGCAUUUCGAACUAGGAGUGACAACUAGCUUUUUUCAUCCACAGGGGUUCGGAAGCAAUCAGUUUGCUCUCUGUGUUUUAUUGCCUAACUUUUUAACUCAGAUCCACUUAAUUCUUUAGAAACGAAACAGUUCCCAGAUCGAACCAAAAUUGCCUAAUUAAGUUCACACCCAGCCAAAAAUUCAGUACACGAAAGUAGGAAUUGCUAUUAGGUCUUGGCUAAUGAAACGAGAUCAGACCUGGAAAAAUAGGUCAGAUAAUUUCCCAUGCAAAGAAUAAACCACUCAACGCAAAUUAAGGGCAAAAGUUCGACUACAGUAUAGUUUUCGUUCGAAACACUAUCUAACGAGUGUAUUUACCUCCUGAUGCAAAGUCUCAUAAACUCGGAAGAAAGUUAAGUCGUCAAACUUCAUUAGAAAUGACUGUUGUCACCACAUGAUUUCAAAAUUUUACCUGGUAAAAUGUUCCAGAAUUCGACAUAAACUCUGUACACAUGUGCUUUUUGGCGUAAUUUGGAGCACGUGCGGAGAAAUGUAUAUCGAAACCCACUAGCGGUGAACAUUUCACCUGGUAGUAUUUAGGGAAUGUAACUAAUGCAACAUCUGAUUCUUGAUGUCCUAUGCUCAUUGAGCAUUGUCUACUUUACUUAAAAUCUCAAUGGUUUUGGUGCAAUAUUCGGGGCUCAUCUUUUUUUUACAAAACAGAUUUGCUUAAAAGGUUUUACUUCAGCAAAAGUUUUUGACCACUUUGGUAGCAUUUCGAAUCGCCACCGAAACUUGUAAUCCUAAGAGCAACGUGCCAUCCUCCGGUCCGAACAAAUAAGUAAUCAUAAGAAUGUGGAAGUUGAAAAUUCCCUUCUAACAACUUGCAGAUGCCGAGUAUGAAUAUGUAGUGUUUUUAUGGACAGGUUCCAUUGAAAGCACACACAGACAAGUCGUCAAAAUAGGAUUCCUGGUGUCCUGCUUUUGUAGGCAGUGUUCUUGGGUAGGCUAUAUUUAAGAAAGAAAAUAAAUUGUUUUGAUAAAUUUCGACUUCAAAAGAGGUUUAUGAGAGAUUUAGCUUUAGUGUGCUGGCAGGUUUCAUUAAAAUUCAAAGUCAGUUGUUUAGAUAUCCUCAUUAUAAACGAACCAAUCAACUUAAUUCCAGAGCUUGAAGUCUGUCAUCAAACGAACCUGAUGAACAAAGACAAAUGCUAUAAAAUUAACAUUUUCCUAAAGUCCAGUCAAGAAAACCGGCGGCAGUUUCGUUUGCAGUGUCUGACAAUGCUAAACGAUCCGUCGGCGGUUGCCACACACACACACACCUAAUCCGCACACGAUGGACCAGGUUUCUACAGAAGGAAGAACUGGUCAGCUCAUAUUCCAUCUGUAGGGGUGUUGAUGAGGACACAUUAGAAAUGAGCCUUUACAUCCUUACUUCCCGUUCUGGUUGGAACGAGUUGAUAGGUCGGUAGGCAACCUUUUAAGAUACGAUAUCUGGCCCAUUGUUACAGUUUAGAAACGCCUAAGAUUGUUUAUAAUGAGGAAUAUGCAUUGAGGGUCUUAGAGAUAGAGUCUCCGAGGUUGCACCCACUCUGUCUUCCAUCUCCCACGAACCAGUCGGCUUUCUGAACCAAUCGGCCAUUUGACGCUGGGAUUACGGAUAAGUGUGUGGCGUGACGUGAGCCGCGCCCUGGCGUGCUACCAUGUGUGACAUUUGGUAUGGGUGCGCAGUCUGACUAAUGCCUAUCGUGCCUUAAUCUGGCUCCCGUGUUUGUCCAGCACAAUCCCCAGAGGGCCUGUUGUAGGGGACGUUGCAAACAAUGAGAAGCAGAGAUGCAAAUGUAAAGUCGUCUUUUUAUUCAUAUUUUAGGAAUUUUUGAGCCUGUUCGAUAGUGAUGGUGAUGGUACAGUGACUUUGGAGGAGUACGAACGAGCGCUUGGCCUGAAAGAAAUCCCCCGAACUACGUAAGUCGACGUAUAGGUCAAUAAUAAAUUAUCUAUGGGUGAUAGUGGUCACUGUAAUUUCAAUAUAAAUACGUGUAAAGCCCUUUAUGGAUACGACGACUGGGUCUUGCUUUGCAGACAAUUAAGUUUGGACACAUUCCCGUAAAAUUUGAUCUGUACUGGCCCGACGAGAAUUUAUCGAAAGCUACGUAUGCUCGCCACCUCGUCUUCUGAUUUCUGCUAUGGGAAUUUUCGCAACUCUGAUCUCAUUUUCUUGGCACAUUUUUCUGCCUAAUAGUUUUGCAUAUAGGCAAAGACAGGAUUCCGUUGAUACCGCCCACCGUUUUUCUGACUGUGCAUCUGAAACAAUCAAUAAUCAUUAAAGAGACUUCUACAAUGAGAUCAAGUAGCUCAGUGGAAUAGGCAAUCGAAGAUAAAAAACUUGCGAACUUUAAUGCUUCUAAGGAAACUACAGUCUUUCAAGAGGUUAGGGACUUUUCAGUUUAAGAAUAACCCACUAUUAGCGGCUCAAUGGUUAUGGCAGAAAAUUAAACAUUCGCUGGCAAAUCCAAAGCACACAAAUGUUUCGGCAUUAAGGAAAUUGAAUUUUGACAAAAUAUACGAAUCGUGUGGAGCAAGAAUUCGUUUUCCAUUGACAUGCCAUUCGGUAUAAUAGCGGCGAGGAAAGGAAGCAGACGACUUCUUAGCCCAGGAGGCAAUGAUCUAUGCAAAGAUUGUUUGCUAAAACAUAGUUUUAUCAUCGAUUCAAGUUAGUCAUUAGGCUAAGCCACUUAUCACGUUUUUGACGGUGUAAAGAUAUGAUACCAGUCCGUUAACUUGUAGCUGGGCUACUGGAUCUCCUAACUCUCAGCCUUUUUCUCAUACUCUACGGCUCUUUGGUAGCUUGUCCCUCCAAUAAAUGCAUGCUCAAAUUUGGGUUUCUGCUCUCCUCACUUCUUCUACAGCCUCAAAAAUGUCCUACCACAUCGAAUAUUUAUCCCUAGGCCUGAUCAUAGGUAAAUGGAAUCAUGUGAUUGCCCAAAAUGGCUUAAUCACUUUUCAUGGGCUAGCAAGGGAAGCAAGUCAAUUAAUUCCUCUCAGAGAAUGCUGAGACUCAAAAUUUUAAAUCAUCACGGCCAGCCGAAUGAUUAGUGCAUGUAACCGUUUUUCAUGCCUUUGGAGCAAUUCCCCUUGUCAUACCCAAACCACUCCAUCGUUUUACGUUCACUAGGAUUUAGCAUCACUGGUGCACUACGAAAAAUCCAUAAACCACACACAAGGUCGCAAAUUAGUCGCUCUUUACGCAAAGAUCUCAGAAGCAAAAUAAGGCCAUUUCUUCACCAGUCAGCUUUCAAGACUCACAACAGGUCAACAACUGAAUGCAUAAGCGUGCAGUUGGCUCAUUCUUUCAGAGGCUCUUCGUUCAUCUACCCCUUUCAGAGUGGCUGACUGGGAACGCACCUUCCGCGAAAUGGAUGUGGAUCAUUCUGGCCAACUAACGGCUGACGAAGUUUAUGAGGGUGUUAAACGCCUGGGUUGCAUUUGCAGUAUGAACGACAUCAAGGAACUCAUAGCAUCUGUGGACAGUGACGGUGAUGGGUGCUUGGAUAUCAAGGAGUUUGUGGCGUUGAUGCGCAUCCAGUGA